CCAAAAAUCCGAUUUUGACUUAAAAUACCUGUUUUUUCGGGGGACAUCCCCGCUGCAAACACGCAAUGUCUCCUUAAAAAAAACAACCAGAUUUGUUGUUUGUUGGUGUUAAUCAGGGCUUUGGAAAAUCCUGGACAUGUCAAAAAAUGUCCUAAAAUCCUAGAAACGCUUGUCUUCAGUCUUUUUCAUGAUCUUCAGUAGAAGUCGGAGUGUGUUCAAAGAUGUCCUCAUCAGUUUGUUGUCCCUCUGUCUGUCCCUCAGUCCCCAUCAUCAAGGUCCCCCCUCACAGCCAGGUCAACGGGACAGGAAGCAGUCUCGUGUUCCUCUGCGAGGUCUUUGCGUUCCCGAUGGCGCUGGUGGAGUGGAGGAAGGAGGGCCGGGACGUCGUCCUGCCUGGAGACGACCCCCACAUCUCAGUCCAGUCGCGGGGCGGUCCUCUGAAAUUCGAGCUCUCCAGUUGGUUGCAGAUCGAGGGGGCGGGGCCAGAGGACUCGGGGACGUAUCGCUGCAUCGCUCGUAACAACAUGGGCUCAGCGUCGGCCUCGGCCGUACUGGGAGUACUGGGAGCAGGUGAGACACACCGGAGCCCCGAGACGCUUUUGCCUCGUCUUUAUUGUCUCGUUUUCUUCGUGGAAAAAAAUGCCAAAAAAUUUUCAUUAAAAUCACCAAGAACAGAAAAAACCCCACCCUUUUUUCUCCUGAAAAAUCACCCAAAAUAUUUUUUAAAGAAAGACAAAUUUAAAGAAACAUUUUAAAGAAAAAAUAUUUUUAAUAAAGAAAAAUUACAAAAACACGUCUUUCAAACCCGAAGGAAGUAGGAUUUAAAAUUCGCAGUAAAUUAAAAACAAAAUCAGCCAUUUAAAGUUGA